AUGGCGAGCGACCGGGACGGGUACUCGACGUGGUGUCGGUACGGUGGGAAGUUUCUCAGCGCCGCGGAGGCGCGAGCUUUAGACGACGAUCUCAUCGCUGGCGUUGGAUGCGAGGCGUCGACGUUGGAGGCGCUCAUGCGUCGAGCAGGGGAACAGGCGGCGUCGGCGACGUUGGAGCGGGCGCGAGACGCGGAGACGUUCGCGGUGCUGUGCGGACCGGGAAAUAACGGUGGUGAUGGACUCGUUCUCGCGCGAGCGUGCGCGCUUCGACGAGAGGGGGUGCGCGUGGUGGUUUGGUAUCCGAAGGGUCCGGGGAAGAGCGAGUUGUACGCGAAGUUGGUGGAGGAGUGUCGAGCGACGCGAAACGUGCGCUUCGCGGACGAGGCCGAGAUCGUCGAUCUCUUGCGCGAGGCGAGCGGAGAUCGAGCGGGUACGUCGACGUGUUGUUUCAUCGAUGCUUUGUUUGGUUUUUCGUUUCGCGGAGCGGUGCGCGAGCCGUACGUGAACGUCAUGAAGUUGUUGACGGCGCUCACGAGUGAGUCACGCAUUCGGGACGUCGGAGUCGUUCGCACGGUGAGCUUGGACAUUCCGUCGGGAUGGAGCGUCGACGGGGCGCCAAAUACGGAUGAUGUGUUCAUCCCUGAUCUCCUCAUUUCGCUCACCGCGCCGAAGCGUUGCUGUGCAACGUUUGACAAUCCAGCUCUCGGCGAGGCGCCCGCUCGUCUGCGACGCAUGGCUCAAACGCACGUUGUCGCGGGGACGUUCCUUACGGAUGAGCUGUGCGAACGGUACGGUCUAUACGCGAUACCGCUUCGACGUGGUUCUGAGAUUGAUUUCGCGCCGUUAGAUUUGUCGAGACGCGACGAGAGUUAG